AUGAAAUUGACGGAGUUGAAUCCUAAGCAACAAGCCAACGCUAUUACAUUGAGAAAUGGCAAGGAGCUGAAAGAGACUGAAAUUGCAACUAAGAGGGCUGAAGAGUUGAUUGGAGCUGAGGAGAAGGAAGUGGAACAUGAAGCUGUAGCAAAUCCUCCCACUUUUCCAUCUUAUGAACCCACACCACCUUUUCCCGAAGCUUUGAAAGAAACAAAGAGUGUUCCUCGAUUUGCUAAAUUUUUGAAAGAACUGUGUACUAUAAAGAGGAAGCACAGGUUAGGAGGGAAGGAAAAAGUGAAAGUGAGUGCUCAUGUUUCUGCAGUUUUCCAAAAGAAACUUCCUGAAAAAUGUAGUGAUCCUGGUAUGUUUACUGUUCCAGUUACAAUAGGGGACACCACUUUUCAUAGAGCUAUGUUGGAUUUGGGUGCAUCAAUUAAUGUUAUUCCAUACUCCCUGUUUAAAUCUUUAAAACUUGGACCUUUACAUGGAACUGGGGUAGUGAUUCAGUUAGCGGAUAGGUCUAAUGUGUAUCCUAAGGGGGUGGUGGAAGAUGUGUUGGUUAAGGUUGAUGGUUUGAUUUUUCCUGCUGACUUUUAUGUGCUUGACAUGGAACAUGACAAACAAGCAGUCCCCAUCUUGUUAGGAAGACCUUUCUUGAAGACUGCUAAAACAAAAAUCGAUGUGUCUACCGGUUCCUUGACUAUGGAGGUUGAUGGGAAAGCAAUUGGGUAUAACAUUUAUGAUUCCAUAAAGUAUCCUGUCAACACUCAUUCUUUAUGUUCUCUUAAUGUUGUCGAUCCAAUGGUGCAUGAUGUUCCUAACAAUCAUCGUGGGGAUGAGUUCCUCACACCUAUAACUAAUGUUGUAUCUGGUGAUUUCUUGGAUUUCUCUAUGCCUACUAAUGUGCAGGUGAAGGUGGGGGAAUUGAAUGAACAUUCCAAGCUUCCACCUAUACCACCAGGUUCAACAAUCGGCCCGUCUGCAAUUCCGGGCAAGAAAUUGUCCCAUUUAUACCACAAAGCAAAGAAUAGGUUGUGGCAUGACAAGAUGAUUGCUAGGAAGAAGGUUAAAGUCGGUGAAAAAGUGGAGGCCUUGGGAGCAAUUUUUAUGCGCGAAACGCAGCAAAAACAGAGCAAAACAGAGACAAGGGGGGCCUUCCCUGCAGAAGCCGCUGGCAGCUGCUCUGCAGCCGCUACCAGCGGGUCUUCUUGCAGCCCAAACCCCUUUGUUUCUGUCCCAGCCGCUGGUAGCUGCUCCUGA